CUGAGCUGGUGAACGGCCGGGGCCCGUUGGUGCGCGGCGACGUCCUGGUGCUCUGCCCGCGGAGGUGCCUGCCCGACUUGGCGGCCCUCUACCGAGGAAAGUACGAGGAGCGGGUGGAGAGUUUCGUGUCCCUGUGGAGGCGGGAGGCUAGCGAGCCUGGAAGCGUAGAGUUCGCGGCGCUGUGCUUGGUGAUGGACCGCCUCAAUGUUGACGCGUGGCGGCUCGAGCAGCUCGCGGCGGCCGCCAGCGGCAAGUCGGAGCCGCUGCUGGGGCUGAUGCAGCGGCUGCCUGGUCUGCACCCGCAGUUCUUCUGCGACGGCUGCGGCACCAGGGAGCUCAGGAGCCGGUCUCUCCGACUCGCUCUGGAGCUCUCGUGA